GAAAUGUUUGUGGGAUCAUUCGGCUCCUUCUGUCCUAAAUGUGGCUUAAGAGGAGGGGUUGCUUUCUCAGGACCUUUUACCAGAGGGCUGGACUUCGGUGGGACAAGUGGGCUGACUGCUCUGCUACAGGAUGAGAAGAAAGGGAAGAAAUGGAAAACAGGGGGGGCUGAGUGGGGGUUUAGAAAGGCCUUUUCCAGCCCUUCUACUCUUUCAAUUUAUAGGUCUUAGACACACACACACACACACACACACACACACACACGCACACACAGUCGGCAGAGUCAGGAUGUGACAUCAUCCACAGGAAGAGAAGCCAAACAACUUUUCUCUCUCUUUGCUGUCUGUGCUGCUGAGUGAAGUGAAGUUGGAGCCUCUCGGUCUGUUCGUGGCCGGCAGGGAGGCAGCGGAUCCAGAGGAGCUAGAGGGGGCCGAGCAGCUGGAUCUGUCCUCCACGGGCGAGUUUAAAAGUCGAGGGCUCCGACGCCUGAAUCCUCCCUGAACUUUUCCUCACAACUUCCCACCGCAUUCCUCCACGGCAGGACUGCAGACAGAAACGCCCCUCGCCAUCUGGAAACAAGAGAUUACUGCAAUCUCGACACGACGAGACGGCGACCCCCUUUGACCCGUUUUUUUCCGAGCUGAAACCCAGCUGGUGCCGUCUCUGAGGAAGGUCACGCCUCAAGUCAAAAACUAAUUAUUAUUCUGGAGAGCUUAUUCUCCCCCUAUCACAGGGGCAUCGGCUGAGUCGAUGGCGUUGUGUCUCGGACAAGUCUUCAGCAAAGACAAAACAUUCAGGCCGAGGAAGCGGUUCGAACCGGGCACCCAGCGCUUUGAACUCUACAAGAAGGCCCAGGCCUCGCUCAAGUCUGGCUUGGACCUGAGGAAAGUGGUUCAGCUGCCGGAGGGGGAGUACAUCAAGGACUGGAUCGCUGUUCACGUGGUCGAUUUUUUCAACAGGAUCAACUUGAUCUAUGGCACGGUGAGCGAGUACUGCUCCGAGCGCACGUGUCCCAUCAUGUCCGGGGGGCUGAGGUACGAGUACAGGUGGCAGGACGGCGACGACUACAAGAAACCCACCAAGUUGCCCGCUCUCAAGUACAUGAACCUGCUGAUGGACUGGAUCGAGUCGCUCAUCAACAACGAGGACAUCUUCCCCACCAGAGUAGGUGUACCUUUCCCCAAGAACUUCCAGCAGGUGUGCAAGAAGAUCCUGAGCCGCCUCUUCAGGGUGUUUGUGCACGUUUACAUCCAUCACUUUGACAGCAUCUGCAGCAUGGGUGCGGAGGCCCACAUCAACACCUGCUACAAGCACUACUACUACUUCAUCUCGGAGUUCAACCUCAUUGAUCACUCGGAACUGGAGCCCCUGAAAGAGAUGACAGAGAAGAUAUGCAAUUAAACAAAACCACAUGGACAAAAGGAGUUUACAUUUUGACGUUAUCUGAGCCCCGUGAGAAAUCAUCGCCUUCAAAACAUUUCUACAUCAGAUUGUAUGAGUGGUUCUCUAAGCAUCACUGGGAAGGUCCACUAACUUACCACAUUUCUUUAGAUGGUGGCAGUGCCUUCACAGAGGUUUUUACUUACAGUGAAGUGGUGCUUGGUGCCAUGAUUAUAGGACUUUUGUUGGAUUAUAAUACAUCCUACAUAGUACUUUUUAUUUCCUCCUGUGCAUGUAUGUUUGACCUUUUUUAUAUACAUUGUUAAGUCGUUUUUUUGUUGAAUGUUUGUAUUGUUGUAAAUGUUUUUUUGUGUGUUUUUGUUUUUUACAGUUUAAACAUAAAAAUGCAGUCUAAAAAUGCGUUUGCGAAUGUGUAUUUUACACUGCAACACAAAUAAUAUGCUCACAAACAUUAGUAAUGUUUACAUUAUCAAAGUCAACACUUUAUCACGGAAUGGAAAAGACAACAAGACCUUUUUUAAUAAUAUAUUUGCUUUAAAGGGUUGGUCUGCUACUGGCCUUGAGUUCCAGGCCAAAGCCAACACAGAUGAAGAUGUCCCCACA